UUUUUUUGAAAAUAAACCCAAGAGAUAACCGGUCGGUCUCAGUAUCCUCUUUUACUUGACUUCUCGUCUUCUUUCUCUCCAGAUUCUUUGCACUUUGUUUCUCCGUUUGUCUUUUUUUUGCUUCUGGCUCGCUCACCUCAUCCUUUUACUACUAAAAACACAAGUGAAUAAUGUUGAAGCUAAAUCUUCACCAGUAACAUCUCUAAGCUUUAGCCAGAUUCGUGUUUUGUCUUUGCGUUCGGAGCGUUCUUAAUCUGAAGGAAAUGAAACAAAAACGCAAAAUUGGUGGUGAAAGUUUGAAAAAUCGAGAUGCUAUGAAUGAGGAUAGGAUCAGCGAGUUACCUGAACCUUUACUCCUGCAAAUAUUGUCUUCAGUUCCAACAAAAGAUGCCAUAGCUACUAGUGUUUUGUCUAAACGAUGGAGAUCUCUCUGGAAGAUGGUACCAAAGCUCGACUUUGGAUUUAAUAAUAAACAGGCAUCUUCAGAGGAUGUUUACAGGUUGCUGAUUUUGCAUAAACCUCCAGUUCUGGAAAGUUUACAUUUGCUCAUUCGAGAUAGAAAUGGUCGUUUCGAUAUUGGAAUCUUGAUCGCAGUUGCAUUUACACGCCACGUGCGUGAAUUGGUGUUGGAUCACUACAAUGAGGAUGAGGAUGAAAAGACGGUAGAGUUUCCGAGUGUGUUGUGUAGCUAUAACAACACACUCGAGGUAUUAAAGCUCAAGCAUCACGUUCUUUUAGGCUUCCCUUCUCGGGUUUGUUUCAGUGCCCUUAGAGAGCUGCAUCUUUGCCACGUGGUAUUCGAAUCUGAGGCAUCCGUUUGCAACCUUUUAUCUGGCUGCCCUAGGCUUCAAGAUCUGGUUGUGCUACGACAUAGCAAUUUCGAUGUGCUGACUUACACUAUUGAUGUACCAUCGUUACAGAGGCUUACCAUAGAAGAGGAUAGUAGCCAAGAUAUGUAUGGUGGCGGUUACGUGAUAAAUGCACCGUCUUUGAAAUACUUGAACAUCAAAGGCCUCUGUCUUAUUGACAUCUUUCUGAUGGAGAAGGCGCCAGAGCUUGUUGAAGCAAAGAUCGAAGGUCUUUCUGAUAUAGCCAAUGAUAACAUUCUUGCGUCUCUAACUUCAGCCAAGCGUCUUUCCUUGCACUUUCCCUUAAAGAUUAAGUAUCCUACUGGUAGCAUCUUCCAUCAGCUGGUGUCUUUGAAGCUGCAUAUAAAUAGAAUAAUUGGGUGGAAUCUAUUGUCCUUUAUGCUCGAUAGCUCUCCUAAAUUGCAAAUCCUCAAGCUCACAGGCUCAUGUCGUCCAGACCGUCCGGUGGGGUGGGAAUGGAAUCAGCCGAAAUGUGUGCCAGAAUGUCUGUUGCUCCAUCUGGAGACACUGGUGUGGAGAAGCUACGGAUGGCAACGAGAAUAUGAGAAACAAGUGGCCACAUACAUCCUCAAGAACGCUAGACAGUUGAAGAAAGCAACUUUCUCCCCAAGAUACCUCAACCCGAAAAAUCUGGAAAAGUUGGCAAAGAGGCAAGAGAGGCUCAACGAGUUGGCUUGUGUGGCCAGAGGGUCGACCUCAUGUCACCUUGUGUUCGAAUAAGAAUGAUCUCGAGAAUGUGUACUCGCUGUUCUGGCAGAUGGGAAAUUCUACUUCUUUAAUCUUUCAUGAAGUUAGUGGAUUCUUUAAGUGGUAGGAGUGUGGUGCAUUUUGAUGAUUAAACGUUACUGUGUUGUUGCUAAAUGACUCUUGGGACAUCUAUUUAAGCUUUUUUGGUAAUUUGGCAAUGGAACUGAGGCUGA